UACCUUUUGCUUUUUGAACCCGGACCCAUUGGAGGCCGUGUCUUGCUUGCGCUUUCCAGUCGAAUCUCCCAUUUUUUGGUCCUGCUUUGAAUCGUAUUAUGUGCUCUUGCCAGGGUGCUGGUGCUUUUGGGAUUGUCGUUGGUGAGGCGUCGUUGACUUUGGUGUCGCAAAACUCGCCAUGUGGAGACAACCAUCUUUUGGUACCCUACAUACUCCUUCAUGAAACUUGCGGUCACCAUCUGCCGACCAUGUGUUGAAUAGUGAGACUUAAAUAAUAUUUGAAUAAAAUCCGAAUGGUGUGGAGUCAUAUUAUACAUCUAUUGGAGAUUUUGUCUAUCUGUUGUACAUUAUAUCGUUGCUGUGCCGUCUAGUCUACUCAUCCAGUUAAUCGCAGCUGCCAUCCCUCCAACCAGUACGCCAUCUCUCCUGCCACUUGGAACAAUCAAAUAUAGGUUUUCCAAGCUUCACAUUAACGUCAUUAUGGGCACCACAGAGCCAUUUGCCAAAAUCAUCCCGACUGGACACCGAAGGGGCCUCGCGCUUGAUGUAGGACUGGAAGUCAUCUGCGCAUACCCAGCACGGAUAUAGCUUCGAGAAGAGAUCGACAAAACUGAGUAAAUCAGAUUGCUGUGUUCGAGAGGGUGUUUCAGGGUAUGUCGCGGCGAUUGAAUGCAGUAGUGUCCACGAGCUGCGGCCGAGGGCCUCUACGUCGGGAGGACAGUUUUUCGGUAAGGCCUUGGGCUUCUUUGUCGAUUCUUUCGUAGCCGCAGCCCAGGUCGCAAAUGAUGUACACGAUCGACACCUGAUAUGAUGAUUAGCUGGGAACACCGGGAGCGGUUGACGCGGGCAACAUACGGUUUCCCAUCCUUGUCCAGAACAACACCCUUAGGGAACUUCUUUGGUACGGCACCAGCAGCGGGCACCGCCGGGGAAGCAGUCUGCCCCGACUCUGUAUUUUUCUCUGUAUUAUUUGAUUCCAUGCUCACCAAAAUAAUCGAUGUUUAAUGCCGUGUUCAGGAGCAGGGCGAAUGUGAAGGGGCGAAAUUAUAAAUUUGUCAGCGAUCGCACUAUGCGACCUGUAAUCGAUAAGCACAGUGACGUCGCGAGUGGCUCGACAGAAUGUUGAACCACCACACAUACCACGAUUUAUAUUACUCAGGAAGGCGUAGAAGACACAAUGAUGAAUCGCCACUCCUACAUUGCGCUGCUUAAAACGAAAUCUACGCCAACCGAUGGUUAUGAAAAUAUAUGCCGCUCCUCACAGCUCAACAAUGGUGUCAAUAUAGUUCCCCAAUUUGUGCCUGUUUUGCUGCACAAAUUCAACGACAAGGGAAUGUCGGUGCUAGGAGACCUCAUAACUAAUCAAAUGAUUGGCAAUGAGGUAAAGUCAAAGUAUGGGGGAAUGAUCUUUACAUCACAGAGAGCCGUCGAAGCAUUUGCGGCUGCCUUAAGCGAAAUGCAAGACCUAAAAGAGGUAUCUGCUUUCCAGAAUAUACCAUUUUACAGCGUCGGACCUGCAACAACAAAGGCGCUUGCAGCCAUUCCCCAGAUACCAAAUAUACAGAUAUUUGGCGAACACACUGGAAAUGGUAAAGACCUUGCGGCAUUCAUGCUCCAGCACUAUAAUGCGUGGUUUGAGACGAAACCAGAGCUCAAGCGCCCAUUGCUAUUUCUAGUAGGAGAGCAGCGCCGGGAUAUCAUCCCUAAGACCCUCAUGGAUCCCAGUCUCGACUCUCUGUUGAGGAUAGAAGUGACAGAGCAAGUCGUAUACGAGACUACAGAGAUGCCUACUUUUGCAGAAGAUUUUGCCAAGGAACGCGACUUAGAUGCAUACAAGAAAGCCAUUUCCCGCUGGAUUGUCGUGUUCUCACCUACAGGAUGCGACACCGUGCUUCGUGGUCUUGGUAUGCUAGAUGCCGCCUCAGGGAAGGUAAUUCCUGGUAAACGAGAGCCAGGAACGUACAUUGCCACCAUAGGACCGACGACACGCCAGCAUCUUCUAGACUCGUUUGAUUUUGAGCCAGACAUAUGCGCGAAAACACCUAGUCCUGAAGGUAUCAUUGAAGGGAUUAUAGAAUUCGAAAGCAUCUCAUUCAUAGCAAGAAAUACUGAAACAAAAAAAGACAACUGAAGAAGAAAAACUACUACUUGCUAAUGUGUAUAUCCACCUAAACGAUUUUGAAUUUGAUUUAAGCACUCCAAUGUCCUACAUCAUCGCAUUUUGAGACUGUACAUUUUCAAUAUUUCUUUUCCUUGUCGCUUUAAGCUCUGUGAGUUCAUGCGCCUAAUACCCAGACCUCGACUCCCACGACGUUAAACUUUUCUCCUACGUCACUGAGAGGCUCAUUGCCAAAGGUGUCGCAUGUCGAGCUGUGUCCUACAUCUAGCGUGUCGUCCAGCCACAAGCCAUACUUGCCGCCCCCGGAGCCGACGCUGAGAAACCCGGCUUCGCAGUUGAUAUAGCAGUCGUUGAGGCCACUGUAUGGAAACGCCUUGAAGCGGAUCAUAUCGCCGUGGCCGUGGCUAUCUCGCGUGGGCGAUGCCAGCGUCGUGCUGCGGAACAAGUUGGUGGUGUCUGCCGACGGCGGGGGUGGCAGCGAUGGUAAUGUUGAAACCCGCCAUAGGAAACACUCGCCGUUGCCAAAAUAUGAUGGUGCUGGGUGCGGAUACUCAGACAAGUACGCGCCAAAGGUCUACCGUUACAAACGGGCGUUAGGAUAAUAUAGUUCCGGCUGAGGAAUGUCACAGCUUGGACAGAGUACUUACACAAUCAUCCUCGUCUCGCACUACAAGCACAAAGCCAACGCGCUCUCCUUCAUGAACUUUGCACUUUUGGAACAGAGUGCUCAGACUGGAUCCGUCUUGCUCCAAGCUAUACACAAGCUUCCACUCCUCUGCCAGCUUCAGGCGUUCGGGCACCAUGGUCCUAAUCUCCUCCGCGACGGCUUCGUUGAGCAGCCGCGAGUCCUCGCCGGUGCUAUCUUUAUAUCCGUGAAGGCAGACAGGCUCUAGAGGCGGCGGGCGAAAGGGGCUAGCUCUUCGCAUGUUGGAUGGUAUGAAGACCUCGUUGAUGCCAUCCUUGCCAUGCAUCGUGGGGUUGUCUUGCGACGGAACGCCAAGAUCAGUGUCCUCUGAUGAAAAGCGCCGUAUAAGACCUGUAAACAUUAUUGUGUAAUUUUCUGAUAAAGAUGUGAGUUAAUGGGGGCGACGAGGCCAAGGAUCCGGCGUGGCCAAGUGUGAUGUCUAAGAACAGAGUUGGCUGGUGACGUGGGGUGAGCUUGAGCUCCGCUCGCCACCCGCACAGCUCGCGCUAGGCCGUGAACUUGUUUCAAACCGGGAUGAACUAGCACCGUAACCUUGUAUCGACGCUACUUAACGAAACAAAGAACAUCACAUAUACCCCAUAGACAUUGAUUCAUAAAAAAAAACCUCAUUUUUGACUAUGUAAUGUUUAGAAGAAGAGAGUCAACACCAUUUCGGUGGCGUACCAUCGAAACCAAGACAAAAAAAGAUAGAAAAAAAGGAAAAGAACCAGCGUCAUCUAACAACUUCCGAAAACCGCCUUCCUAGUAGUGCCUCUGACCCAGAGAUUGACUGGCUCUGCUGCACCUUUCCACACUCUCAUGAUUGCCUAUACAAACUUGGUAGGCUAUGCUUUUUUUUUUUUUUUUAAAAAAAAACCUUUGCUCGUCGGAUGUCGCAGCAUGCAUAAAAGAGAAGCAAGUCAUCAUUGGCCGCGCAGCGGCGCACGGAAUAGAAAGAGCUUGACUAGACUUUCGUAGUUGAGACGCGCCUUGUGGCGUAAACAAUGUGUCAUCUUGAGGGGCUCUGGCAUGCCGCUCAUCGCAUAAUCUCCUCGUAAAUUAGCUGCUUGAGCUGCUCCUUGGUCAAGGUGUCCUUAUGCUUAUCAAAGUCGAAGAAUUCGUCCGGGAUUGGGGGUGCGGUAGGCUCGUCCUCAGGGUCGUGAUAAGGCUCCAGGUAAGGGUGCUUGAGAGCCUCUUCGACAGUAAUGCGCUUAACAGGGUUGAAGGCCAGCAGUUUCUCAAGAAGAUCGAGAGCCCAUUCCGAGGAGUUGGGGAAGAGGGUGCGGAACGGAACCUUCUUCUUAAAGGGAAGCGAGCGGAUGUAUUCUCUCGCGCGUCUAGACUUGAUACCGUAGUAAUCCUCCAUAGUGGGCGUGCCCAAAACAUCGAGAAUGAGGGUAAGCUGGUGAUGAU